AUGCCUUUCCCUCAGAUCGAAAACCUACGAGCGGCCGCGGACAGAUGCGCACAUGAACUGGGAGGCAUGGAUUUUGUCAUUGCAGGAGCCGCGGGUAACUUCGUUGCAUCGAUUGAAAACCUCAGCUCCAAUGCUUUCAAGACGGUCAUGGAUAUCGAUGCGGUGGGUACGUUCAACACCAUCAAGGCCACAAUGCCUCACCUCUUGCGAAGUCGGAGCCCUCGGAUUAUCUAUAUGUCGGCAACAUUCUACUUCACUGGGAUGCCACUACAAGCUCACGCAUCUGCGGCCAAGUCGAGUGUGGAUUCUCUCAUGGCAAGUGUAGCGCUUGAGUACGGGCCUCGGGGCGUGACCAGCAACGUGAUUUCACCUGGUGGUAUCACCGGAACCGAAGGCUUGAACCGUUUGGAGAGCGUUGAUGAACAUGAGCGCGUGCAGUACGCUAGACAGAUCCCGUCUGGGCGACUCGGCACCGUUCGAGACGUCGCUGAUGCAACCGUGUUCCUGCUCAGUGAUGCUGGAAGCUAUAUUAAUGGGCAGGUUCUGGCGGUGGAUGGAGCUGCAUGGCGGCGACAGGGGGCGAUCGGCGUGGGCAUAGAUCAAAGCAUGAAAUAUCCUGACUUCCUGCUCGACGGGCAAACCUCAUCUGGUGUGAAGGAGUCGCGAGGAGGUGACCAGAUAGAUAAACCUAAGCUUUAA